CCGGCUCGCGCGGUGCAUGCGUGGAAAUGCAUCCUCGGAAGUACAGGCUCAACCUGAAAAAGACAGGAAGCAGAGAAAGCGAUAACCUACUCUUCCUACGGUGGCCUGAAGGAGAAGCGAAGUCGGCGUAGAAGAAUUUGUUAUUUCUGGGACUCACAGUUGCGAUGUCUUUCAAGAGAGAAGGGGACGACUGGAGUCAGCUCAAUGUGCUAAAAAAACGACGAGUUGGAGACUUAUUGGCCAGUUACAUCCCAGAGGAUGAGGCGCUGAUGCUGCGGGAUGGACGCUUUGCGUGUGCCAUCUGCCCCCAUCGCCCAGUACUGGACACCCUGGCCAUGCUGACUGCCCACCGUGCAGGCAAGAAGCAUCUGUCCAGUCUGAAACUCUUCUAUGGCAAAAAGCAGGCAGGCAAGGAAACAGGGCAAAAUCCAAGACAGCAGAAUGACCUGAAGACAGAAAACAAAGCUGAGGCGCCUUUGCUAACCCAGACUCGACUGAUCACGCAGAGUGCUCUGCACAGAGCUCCCCACUAUAACAGCUGCUGCCGGAGGAAACACAGGUCUGGACUUGGAAACCCGAGUGGGAAAAGACCGGAAGCCCCUGCUCCCUCUGUCUCCAGUUCUCCUUUGCCAGCCCCAGAGGUUGGACUCCAGAGUGCAAAGAUCAGUAGGGAACCCGAGCCUAAGGCAGGAUCACAUGCCAAAGAGUCAUCUGCUCCCAUGAGCCCCACAAAACGACGAAUCCUGAACCAUUACCUUACCCUCCGAAGCUCGGGAUGGGUCCCAGAUGGACAAGGCCGAUGGAUAAAAGAUGAGAAUGUUGAAUUUGACUCGGAUGAGGAAGAGCCCCCUGAUCUCCCUGUGGACUAACAACCCCGCUCCCCAUUUGUUCCACGAUAAACUGUAGUGGGUCCUGGGAGCCCAAUGGUCCUCGAGUCGGGUUCCUUGUUCGACCUUAGGAUUUCAGAUCUCCUGCAGUGUCCAUGGCUCGCCACACUCUGACCCCUCCCCCACUCUCUACCAAAGCCUUGCCAAGCGUCAGCUGCAUUCAGCCCGGUGCCCUAUUAAUAAGUCUGUCAGGAGGAGGUCCCUGCCCUUCGUGUAGUCUGACUCCCUCCCCACCUCCACCCUCAGUCCCUUUCCUUCAGCUCACAUGUGGACGGCCAAUGGGCACAGGGGCUCUGGCCACCUCUGUCUGCAGAGAGCACUGUGGCCAAGUGCCCUGUGAAGAGACUGAAGCCUUUGGCAGAUUUAUGGGGAACACAAGGGACAGAGCUCCCCCUCUUCCUAGUAACCUGAACCUCCCUGCCUGCUGAUCCCCAGAGUAUAAAUAAUCCCUUGAUGAACUGGCAGUAACCCUUGAGGGGUAGCGCCAAGAUUCCCACCCCAACCCAAGGAAGAAGACAGGCGGCGUGAACAAAAGGGAUUUUAUUUACAGGAAAGGGAAGAGAGAUGAGGAUUUAUGUGUCCAGGGCUCUCAUCUCUUGUUAGCAAAAGGAAGGGUGACGCUAUCUCUUCUUUUGCUGGCGACCUGUAAAGGGAGAAUGGUGAGCACAGCUUCAUCUCUUGUUUUGGCAAGGGCGUGUUUCUCUUUCCCUUUCCUUAGACUUAUAAACUGCUGCCCCAGGCCACCUGAGGGGCCUGUCCCAUGUUAACAGCAAAUCAAGAACACACACUGAGAAAUAAAAGGACGUGUUUCUGGGCGGUACUGUCA